GCCAGCAGUUCGACAACUUCCUGCGGGAGGCGAGCAGCGACCAUGGAGGUUGAGCCUCCACCUUUGGAGGAGCGGCGGCGGCUGCAAGAGGAGUUGAGCGAGUUUGUAGAGAGCUGCUGCCGGACUCUGGAGGAGGUGACGGCGUCCCUGGGAUGGAGCCUGGACCAGCUGGACCCUGGGGACGAGGCGGCGGCCGAGAAUGAAAUCACGGUAUGCCCUUAUGAUUCCAAUCAUCAUAUGCCUAAAUCAUCAUUAGCAAAGCACAUGGAAUCUUGCAGAUUGAGGAAGCUGGGCUAUGCCAGAGAGGAAGAGGAUGAAAUGUAUAAUCCUGCUUUUUUCUAUGAGAAUUUGAAGAUUCCUUCAGUUACUUUGAAUAAAGAUUCACAGUUCCAGAUAAUUAAGCAAGCUAGAACUGCAGCUGGGAACGAUGGCGAUUGUUACAGUCAAAGAAUGUAUUCUUCAGUGCCUGUUGAAGUUCCUCUGAAUCACAAACGAUCUGUGUGUGACCUCACCCAAGCAGAUCGCCUUGCCCUUUAUGAUUUUGUCAUUGAGGAGACAAAGAAAAAGCGCUCUGGUUCUCAAGUCAUUGAAAACGACAGCGAUCUGUUUGUAGACUUGGCUGCUAAAGUCAAUCAAGAUAAUAGCCGAAAAAGUCCAAAAUCUUACCUGGAAAUCCUGGCAGAAGUGAGAGAUUAUAAAAGAAGACGUCAGUCCUAUAGAGCCAAGAAUGUUCACAUAACCAAGAAGUCAUAUACUGAGGUAAUUCGGGAUGUGAUAAAAGUGCACAUGGAAGAACUCAGUAACCACUGGCAAGAACAGGAAAGAGCAGAAGAUGGUGCUGAAAAGAAUGAAGAAAGGCGAUCAGCUUCGGUAGACUCACGACAGUCUGGUGGAAGCUAUCUGGAUGCGGAAAAUUCACGACAUAGAAAGGCUCGGAGUAGGAGCCCACACAAACGAAAAAGAAAUAAAGAUAAAAAUUCUGAGUCAAGAAGAAGGAAAGAGAGGGAUGGAGAAAGACAUCAUGGUCAUAAAAGAAGAAAACAAAAAAUAUAAACAGAAUGUGACUGCUUUUGGAAUACAUGUGCUGGUGUUUUAAUUAUCUUUGCAUAGAAGAAAAUGGCUGUUAUGAUCAUAUAAUACUGAGUAUUUUAAUAAAUGUUUCAAACCAUGAAUCAAAUUGUACCAUA